AUGACAGAUACAAGUCUAAUUGAGGAUAAAAUCAAGCUAGCAAUACUAUAUUUCAAAUCACAAGAUUUUGAAAAAGCACUCGGCGCUUACAAUGUAUUGAUAAACCAAUUGAAGAAUCUACCACGAUCUACGAUCAAACAAAUAAGGAAAAGUUACAAUCUACUAGAAACCCCUAUAAUUGGACCAACCAUUCACCCUAAAUUGGGGUCCUUGCUUGACCAAAGAGCAGCAACAUUUGAAAAGUUGAAUCAGCCAGCUAGCGCCUUGAAAGAUGGACGUGAGCUAAUUAAGCUUGAACCGAUAGGAUGUAAAGGUUAUUUACGUACGGGGAAGAUAUUGUAUAGCCUAGAUAAGAAAGUGGAAGCAUACAAAUGCUAUCAAGAAGGGAUAUAUAUUAUUGAGAAAAGCAUUAAGGAUUACAAUAUUACUGUACCGGGAAAACUAUUUACAUCAUUGAAAACACAAUAUAAGGCGUUAAAUGUUGAAUUGAAGCGGAAACGAACCUUAGCUGAAACAAAAAACACAACACUUGUCAAGAAAACUAAAAUACAAACCACCGAUCCAUUUGUUUAUUUCCCAAUUGAUAUUUUGGAAUUGAUUUUCCAGGAUGUUCCAAUGAAACAAAUUUUGAAGUGUCACACUGUUUCCAAAUUAUGGUACUAUACACUAACAUCCAUUCCCAGGCUCUAUGAGUUUAAAUGUAGAACAAAUAUAGCCUUGAAUGAAUUUGUUUCAGGUAUUCGAUUGUUUAGAAAAAUAUGUGCUUACUCGAGUUCCAAACUGAUUGAACAUGUCCGGAUUAACCACGUCUGUAAUAAACAGCAUUUAACAAAAGUGUUAGACGCUUUAAUACGCGAGCAAGGAAUAUUGCCGAGAAAUUUAUCUAUAAUGGAUAAGAAUUUUAAUUUGCAGGUAUUGUUCUAUUUGCUUGCUAAAUCAGGAUGGAAGUUGUUGAACUUUCAGAAUCUAGAAAGUUUGAAAAUAGGGAUCAAUUGCAGUAUAAAGUACGGACAUGCUUUAUUGAAUAUGUUUAGAAAAUUAAGGACAUUAGAAAUUGUUGUGCUUGUUUCUGAAAAAAGUUUGUUGGAUUUGAUUCCUAUUCAGGAUAAGUUAUUUAGAAAGUUUAAAGAUCAGGAAUUGGAAGAGUAUAGUUUGGAACGGUUGCUUUUGGUUAAUCAUCCAAAGCUCUUAAGCGACAAUCCUAACCCCAUAUCACCACAAACAUACAGUCCUUAUCCAGUUUUGCUAAAUCGAGUUUUCCCCGAAUUGACUGAAUUAACAUUGGUAUCAUUUGAUUUCUCCACUACUCUACCACAGUUUGGGGAGUUUCUUAUGCAAACCCCAAAAUUGCAAAAAUUGUACCUCGAAAACAACCAAGCCAUUAAUAUGCUAAUUUUUUUCCAAAUGUUAGUGAACUAUAAACCAGCGUUCAAGUUGCAAGAGUUUACCUUUAGAGAGUCGUCUGUUGUUUCGGCAAUCUCGCUAACUGAGUUCCGUUUGACUGAUUUACCACAGUUGAAAAACUUGCAUAAACUAGAUCUAUACAAGAAUUGCUUAUCAGUGACAGGGUUUUUAAAGAUAUUGAAAAUUAGUGGUAAAUCAAUUAGACAUUUGAACAUUGGCCAUUCGAUUUAUAUUUCGUUUGUUCUUCAUUCGACAAAGAUGAUGUAUCUUUAUGAUAUUUUGAAUAAAUGUCCACAUUUGAGUCAUUUCUGUCUCAGCGACAUGGAUAUUGAUCAACAAGCAAUGGUACAAAUAAAUAAGGAUUUAGAGAGAAUAUCCAGCCACCUCCAAGUGCUCGAUCUUAGUUUUAAUAAAAUUGAUGGUGUCAGCUUAAUCAGGAUGUUUGAAAGGUGUCUUAUUGUAAAUCCUAUAGAACAGAUGGUUUUACACGGAAUGGAUAUUUCAACAGAUACUAUACAAUAUUUGAUCCGUAAGAAGUAUGUGAAGAAUGUUCUUAUGGAUACAUCAAGGUUGAAAUGGCAAGUUUUUGGUGUUAAUAGCUGGGUGCAAGAAAGGAUGUAG